GAGGGCCGGCCGGGGUUCGCACCUGCGUGCCGGGGGAGCGGGUUUAAAACCAUCAGUGAGACCACGUGCUGCAUAUGUCAAGGUGAACCCAGGAAGACUGAGCUGUGGACAGAGCUGCUCCUCGGAAUUGGCGGACACAUCUUUGUGUGUGGAGUGUUAAAUCUCCCAGGAGGCAACAUGAAACCCAGAUUCUUUACAGAGUAGGAUGGGGGAGUUCUGAGGUCCUCAUUCAUCCCCUUUGUGUCUCAAGAUUUGGAAGAAGCCAGAAUGCCAAAGGGAAGUCUCCCCAAGCGUUGCAGACACUGGGGUGAUGCCCCUGUGUAUAUAGCAAGUGUCUAUGGCGCUUGGCUUUUUACUGGGCAAAGUUCCAGAACACUGAGACAUCUUGGGAUUCAUCUGGUUUAAGAAAGACCUUUAACUCCCUGCUGGCGGUCUCCUCGGUGCUCUUUAAAUAGUUAAGUCUUGAGAUCCUUUCACUGUGUUCUCCUGGGCUGAAAGGCUGGCACCAGUGUAAAACAGAAGGAUGACCUUGUUCCGUGGGCAGGGUAACUGUGAAAGGAGCUGUGUGUGUGGAAGUCUGUGGGAAGAAAGAAACACCUAGAAUGUCCCUGCCAAACCAGUCCAUGGAAGGCCUUUUCCCAGAGGCCCCCAAUAGAUCCCUGAAUGUUACAGAAACUCCAGAGACUUGGGAUCCAGGAACCCUCCAGGCCCUCAAGAUUUCUCUUGCUGUGGUCCUUUCCGUCAUCACACUGGCCACAGUCCUCUCCAACGCCUUUGUGCUCACCACCAUCUUCCUCACCAGGAAGCUCCACACCCCUGCCAACUAUCUCAUCGGCUCUCUGGCCACCACGGACCUCCUGGUUUCCAUCCUGGUUAUGCCCAUCAGCAUCGCAUACACGACCACCCGCACCUGGAGCUUUGGCCAAGUCCUCUGUGACAUCUGGCUGUCCUCUGACAUCACAUGCUGCACAGCCUCCAUCCUGCAUCUCUGUGUCAUUGCUCUGGACAGGUACUGGGCCAUCACUGACGCCCUGGAGUACAGUAAACGCCGCACGGCGCGCCACGCGGCCGCCAUGAUCGCGGUGGUCUGGGCCAUCUCCAUCUGCAUCUCCAUCCCGCCGCUCUUCUGGCGGCAGGCCAAGGCGCAGGAGGAGCUGUCCGACUGCCUGGUGAACACGUCCCAGAUCUCCUACACCAUCUACUCCACGUGCGGCGCCUUCUACAUCCCGUCUAUGUUGCUCAUCAUCCUCUACGGACGCAUCUACAUGGCCGCGCGCAACCGUAUCCUGAACCCGCCGUCUCUCUACGGGAAGCGCUUCACCACUGCCCAACUCAUCACCGGCUCCGCGGAGUCCUCGCUGUGCUCCCUCAACCCCAGCCUUCAUGAGGGGCACUCUCAUUCAGCUGGCUCCCCGCUCUUUUUCAACCACGUGAAAAUCAAGCUUGCUGAUAGCGUCCUGGAGCGCAAGCGCAUCUCGGCGGCCCGGGAGAGGAAGGCCACCAAGACGCUGGGCGUCAUCCUGGGGGCCUUUGUCAUCUGCUGGCUGCCCUUCUUUGUGGCGUCGCUGGUGCUCCCCAUCUGCAGGGACUCCUGCUGGAUCCACCCGGCCCUCUUUGACUUUUUCACCUGGCUAGGCUAUUUAAACUCCCUCAUCAAUCCCAUCAUCUACACUGUGUUUAACGAGGAGUUCCGGCAGGCCUUUCAGAAAGUCGUCCAUUUCCACAAAGCCUCCUAAGUCAUAACUUGCUGGUGACUCUCGUGUCCUGACUUUCUUAUUUUUCCUGAGUGUUGGGUGGAUCCUGCUACCUCGGGCUUAGAUUCGAUUAAUUGAAUUGGCCAGCCUUCUUUUUCCUGUUAUCUCCUUGACUUCUAGGACACCCACGGGUGGACAAGAAGUGGGGACAAGACUGAGGAUUCCACUAAGUGUGAUCGAGUCCCAAUUCAGCCAUGUUGGAAGAAACGUGACCCCCAGGGUACCCCAUUGAGGCAAAUCAGGUGAAAAACCUCUGACUAUUAGCAAGAGCUCAGUCCCCAAGGGGAGGCUGUCUGGGCUACCUAACUUUUGUGUGGCUCUCAUAGGAGGGCAGCUGACAUUAAUGACCUGAGUCGAAGAGAAUUUGGGGUCAGAGUGGAGUAACCUCCAUUCCAUGAGGCAUCUUGGAAAUUCAUUCACCGAGUGAGUCCUCCUCGGAUUGAGUCUCUCCCAGAUUCAAUACUUGCAGUGCCGGGGAAAGAAAGUGACAGAGAGACCAGCAACCAGGGAGCCACCAGAUCAACCACGCUGUGCUUGGCCUGCCUUCCCCAGUAUCUCUGCACCACCUUGGUGUUCACAUAGUCACCCCCACUGAAGGUUUUGGACUCCCCGAGUUUUGAGUAGCACACUAUUCUGAUGUUUUCCCCCAGAAUUAUUUUCUUACGUCCUCUUCUCAUUAGAAAUCUUACAGUGUUGGGUCUUGUCCAAUAAAAAGCAUGAGACAUCA